CUUAACUUUUGGACCAGGAAGACUCAGCUAUUUAAUCCUGAUUUUGUCCCUAUUCAAGAAAUUUGGCUCUUUGCACAAAAUACAGUCUUGAGAAGUGAGAGUUCAAGGGAAGGAUGAAUAGUGUCAAUGGUAGUGUUACAUUAUGUAGAAGCUACAAAAAUAUGAAACAUUCCAGCUAUUUUGGCCUAUCCUCACCUAUGCAUUUCUCGUGUAUUUCUUCAGGGAUUGAACGGGAGAUCGCAUCUUUACAGAUGGAGGAGAAGAAACUAGUUGCAGAGAUUAAAAAAACAGCAAAAACUGGAAAUGAGGCUGCAACCAAGAUUUUAGCACGUCAACUUGUUCGGCUACGGCAACAAAUAGUAAACUUGCAAGGGAGCCGUGCCCAGAUCAGAGGUGUAGCCACGCACACCCAGGCACUAUAUGCCAGCACUUCUAUUUCUACUGGAAUGAAAGGUGCUACAAAAGCAAUGACAGCCAUGAACAAGGAAAUGGCACCCACAAAACAAGCUAAAGUGAUUAAAGAGUUUCAGAAGCAGUCGGCGCAGAUGGAUAUGACGAUUGAGAUGAUGUCGGAAUCUAUUGAUGAAACCUUAGAUAAAGAUGAGGCUGAGGAGGAAACAGAGGAGCUUACUAACCAGGUUCUGGACGAGAUUGGUGUGGAUAUAGCCUCACAGCUGUCAUCUGCUCCAAAAGGUCGGAUUGCAGCAAAGAAAGUUGAUAAUGCUGCCCCCCUAGCUGCAUAUGCUAUUUGCAUUCUCCAAUUUGUUUGUCUGGCUGGAGUUCUCCAUUACGUGCCUGCUUUUGCGAGUAUAAUGGUGUCUAAACUUGCUACCCCUGGAAAGCAUUUUCUACAACAUUUGCGAAUGCUUCCUGCAUCCCAUGUUGGUUUUUGCUCUGCAACUGCUGAUGUUGAGGAUCUUGAGAAACGGCUAGCCUCCCUGCGCCGUAUUUGA